AUGCACAUGAGCCAGCCAUCCUCUGGGUGCAAUACCUGGGUCAAUAACUUAGUCCACCUUCAUGAGUCUCUCCAACCUUUGAGCUUGAAUAUUCAUAACUCUCAACACCCAACACACUUAGAAGAUGUCCCAAUGAGCACCAACCCUGAUGACUAUGCAACUCAUGAUUACCCGGAUUUUGUUCAUAUGGCAUUUGACACAUGCGGGCCAACCACAGAUGACUUCAAGGGCACAGCUAAAAUGUUUGGACUUGGCCCAACAUUUAUGGACAAAUUUAACAGCAACCAGUUCAGCAACCUAUGGGCAUCAAAUCUGUACUACCCCUUCAACUCCCACAAUGAAUGGGAGCUGGCAUCAUGCCCCCAGGUGCCUGAUUGUCCCUCUGGAAACAACCAUAGCUAUUCCACCUCCUUCAGCCAGGGUGGCUUGUCAGAGGACAGCCUGGUCAGCCCAUAUGACAAUGAUAGAAAGCGCUGGAACUGGGAGCUUCGUCCACCCCCAGGCUCUGAUUCACCUCCCAAGCAACCCAGGCCACUUGCCUCAGAGCUGCUGGUAGAAUUGGAAAAGCUCUGUUUUGAAAAGCAAGUUGCUCUGUUUCUCAAUGCUAUCAGAACCACUGCCAAAUCCACGAUGCCCAGUCUAUCCAGCAAACCCCAGCAUCAAUGGAUGGCAGACUGGAGCAGAACCAGCUUGCAAGGUUCUACAGUAUCCCUCAACAAGAUUAUGUGGUUAAGUCCCAAAGUCACCGCUGAGUACUCAAAGGAGUCUUUCAAGCCAGCAUCCCACCUUGGGAAGAUGAUGGACACUAAGGCAUAUCUAACCCUCAUUGACCAGCCCUGGAGGUGCUAUGUCCUUGGAUUAUCAAUUACUGAUAGCAAACUUCUUCGACUUCACUUUUACGACCACUCUGGUGGUGCAAUCUCACCCUUUAUCAAUAUCCACACUGAUGCAGAAGUCUUCAUGUACAUUGUAUGUGCCAUUGCAUUCAGCUCCCACUCAACCCUUGGCUUCGAUUCAACCAUAGACAUAUCCCCCCAUCCUGCACACAGCUGCAAAUGCACAGCACUUGUGAUACUUCUCUCCCCUUUCCCCUCUCCUGCAAUGCCUUCUCCUCACUUGGAGUUGGGCAUCCUCCCCAGUGCAAACUCACUCCCAACUCCUGCAUCACCCGAACACAUCCCAGCAAUCAGGAGGAUCCAAGUAAACAAGACCUUCUAUGAGGUGCUCAAUGUAUUAUUCUCAAGCACAGGCUUUCUAGGAAGGGGUACUGUUUGUUACCUCACACACUACAAUGGGGAAUACUAUGUCAUCAAGGAUUAUUGGGUGGAGGAGUCAGAGCAGAGGACAGCCCUGCACAAAGUCAACAUGAUGAAGCUGGUCCAGGACAUCAACAGAGUUCCCAAGUUGCAACACCACUGGGUCAUUGAGGCUGAGCUGGGCAUUGUUGAUAAAACUGAACAAUAUCAUGAUGAGAAGUGGCAAUUGUGCAUGAAGUCUCAGAGAACUCACAUUAUGUAUCCUCUUCCACUUGCAAAAUCAAUACUAAUUGCUCUAACAGUCCAGCAGCAGGCUCUCGAGAGGGGUGUCCUCCAUCGAGAUUGUAGCAUCAACAAUACAAUGAUCGAGGACUUUGAAAAUGGGUUGUGUGGCUUUCUCCUUGACUGGGAAUUUGCUGUAUGGGUCACAUUACAGGGGGAAUAUGACUUGGGCAGCACAGAAGCCAUCACUAAAAGUGGAAAGACUAAUGUCCCAUUGAUCUGGAAAAGCGCCUCUCUCACCCACAUAUUCAUCGAUCAUGCUACUACUAUACACCAUACAUUUGCAGAUGAUAUCAAAUCCCUGUUCUAUGUUUUCAUCUGGAUCCCCAUCCUUUAUGAUGGGCCACUUGGCCACAAGUGUCAAGAUAUCAGCCAUGAAAAGACACUUCUUGGCUUGUGGAGUGAAAAGGUGGCCAAAGAUCUCGAAAUUGCCAGAUGCACCAAGUUCACAUUCCUUAAUGACCCAUCCAAAUCGAGGCUGGAUUCUGAGGUCUUGCAAUAUUUUCAAGAUCUAAUCCCUCUGGCUAAUGAGUGGCACAUAUUGCUUGGGCAGUCCCUGCUGAGCGGAACUGCAGUGCAGUUCUCUGACAUUAUCUCCCUUUUUGAUCGUUUCUUGGCUGGCAUGCCAUAUGAGAAACCACUGGAGAUGACAAAUGCAUUCCAGCAGAUCAUUGCCCAGCACAAAGCGCUUAAUUCAAGCAUGCGUCCAAGUCAGGAGAACAAUAUGGAUGUUAUGUCUUUGGCAAUUAUGUCUUCUAAAUGCCUUUGUGAAGAGGAAGCCCACCCAUCAAUCUCGAAGAGUCUCAGUCUGUUGCCACAGCAGGACUCUGUUGUAGCAGAAGGGCAGGGGCAGGUUCAGGUGGAAAGGCCAAGCAAUUGGAGUGGAUUGAAAAAGGGUGGGGGCCGCAGUGCUGGCCAGAAUGCAAAACUGAAGUCCAAUGUUGCCCCACCACCCUAUGUGCCUCCCAUUGUGAAUGGUCCUAGCUCAGCUGAUAUGCCUCCAAAUCCCAUCCCUCAGUCUUCAACAGCAGUAGCAACACCUGUCUUCCAUCAGCACCCCACAGACUCCCAUCACUUUGGUUUCAGUGUUCUGGCUCAACAGCCAGGUCAUAUUGUGCCUCCCAGGAUGGAACCUGACCUUCAAGUGCUCAAUAAUCCUUAUAUCGCUGUGAUUUGGGGAGACCAAGUUCCCAGUAAUACAUCUUGUCUGCCAACACCCCAGCCCAACUACCAGUCUCAGUUUAUCCCCCACCAGCUGCCUGCUACCAUCCCCAACUCUUGUAUCAACCCCUCCCUUGAUAGCUUGCUCUCAUUGAGACAAAAUUCAGCAACUGCUGAUGUUUGCCACAAGAGUUUGGAGAAGCUGUCAUCAGAGGGCUCCUCAGAAGAGGAGUCGGAGUCCUUGAGUAAUAACCCAUCAGAUGCAGAGUCUGGUGAGGUCUCCAGCGAUGAGUUUGACAAAGAUGAGGACAAUGCAUUUGGAUGGGGUGCAAUGAAUCUUAGGCAAUCAACUCAUCCUGGCUUCUCCCAAGAAAUGAUGACAAACAAUCCUAUUCACCACAAUUCCUUACCCCCUGACCAUGAGUUUCAGUACUCAUGCAAUGAGGAUGAUGAUGUGGCUCUGCAAAGCUUACAAUCCAAGGACAAGGCUCAGCCAGAGGGUUCCCAAUGUGGUGCUGUCAUUGAUGUUCUUGAAUGCCACCAUUGCACUAACAGCCAUCCUGUUCCUGAUCAUGAUCUUCUGACCCUUGCACACAACUCGGUCAACAAAGUAUCUCAGCAUGCCAGAGCCCCUUGUAACUCCAAGAAAGCUAAGGAUGAGGGCCCAUUGCCUUCACAACUGAGAUUUUACAAGGCAGUAUGGAAGGACUGUCUCAAAGAUGCUAAGUGA